AUGCAGACAAUCACAGCUGACCAAAGUAUAGUAGGAGUACUUAGUAGCAGGCACUUGGUGCGUUGCAGUUGCAGGUUGCAGCUAGCUAGCAUGAGCUCCCGAGUGCGAGUUCUCAGCGUCACCCAUGUCCGCCCCGAUGAUCUCCCGACUGCCGACCAUACCGCCGACGUCAAGCUCUCCUUCUUCGACGCGUUGUACGUCACCAUGGCGCCGAUCCAGCGACUUUUCUUCUACGAGAGCCCCGACCUCCCGCCCUUCCCUGCCCUCGUCCGCUCCCUCAAGUCCUCCCUCGCCGCCACGCUCGCCGUCUUCCCGCCCCUCGCUGGCGAGAUCACCCACCGCCCCGACUCCGGGGGGGACGUCGUCAUCGACUGCUCCGCACAUGCGGCCGUCAGGUUCGUCGAAGCCGAGUACUCGGGCGUUGUCGACAUGCGCCACCUCGCUGCUGACGACGAGCACCACGCGGAGGAGUUCGUGCAGCUAGUGCCGGAGGUCGAGGUGGGGAGGCUCCCGGCCCCGGUGCUCGCGGUGCAGGUCACGAGGCCCGCAGGGGGAGGGGGAGUCGUUGCUGUGGGUUUGUCCGUUCACCACGCGGCAGCCGACGGCCAGUCGGUGUGGCGGUUCAUCAAGGCCUGGGCCGCCGCGGCUCGGGAAGGCUCGCCGGUUGCCGCGCCGCCGCCCAUCUUUGACAGGGCGGUGAUUCGUCAUCCCAGAGCUCAGGAGCUGACGCGCAAGUUCAUCACCAACUGGACCGAACGCAUGCAGGUGAACCCAUUCCCGUUCCCAGUGCCGGACAUGGCGCAUCAGCGCAGGAGAACCUUUCUGCUCCGCGCCGACCAGAUCCAGUCGCUCAAGCAGCGCAUGUCGCAGAGCAAAAUUACCGGCACCCAGCAGCCGCCGACCACUUACGUCGCCGUGUCGUCCCUGGUGUGGGCGUCCCUCGUGCGCGCCAAGGCCAAGUCCAUGGACAAUGACGACGACGCCUACUUCUUGCUCAGCGCGGACUGCCGCCGCCGCCUCCGGCCGCCGGUGGACGAGGCCUACUUUGGCAACUGCGUCAUGGGGUGCUGCGCGAGGGUAGCCGUGGGGUGCCUUCUCCGCAGCGGCGAUGACGACGGGCUCGCGCACGCCGGUGCCGCUAUCCAGAGGGCAAUGCGUGAGGGCCUGGAGGACCCGGUCGCCGACAUGGAGGGCCGCCUCGAGCGCCGCCGCGGGCUCCCGGCGGAGAGGGUGACGGUGAUUGGGUCGUCGAACCGGUUCAUGGGGUACGAGACGGACUUCGGGUGGGGCGCGCCGACUCGUGUGGAGCUGGUGUCCAUCACCGUCGGGGAGGAGGUGACUCUGCUGGGAGCGAGGGAAGGCGGCGUCCAAGUAUCAGUGGCGCUCCACCGUGCCCACAUGGAGGCCUUGGUGGACAACUUCCGACUACUGUCUGAGGCAGCCUAG